AUGCUGUCGUCAGGGCUGGACGAGCUCUUCACCACCCUGGGUUUCGGCCGGUGGACUCUCUCCGUCAUACUUACAUACAUCAGCUGGGCGCUGGUGCUGCCAUACUUCUCUCUGGGUGGCGCCUUCUACAACCCAGAGGUGGACCACUGGUGUGACGUCCCACAACUCAGUGACAAUAACUGGACCCUCGAGCAGCGCCUCAACUAUUCAGUACCGUGGGAAGAGCGAGGAGGUGGGCUGGAGAGAUCUCACUGUAAUGUCUUUAUUCGUAACUACUCGGCCGUGUCCAACCUACCAUGGACACCUGACCUUCAAGAUGACCUCACCUUGGCCACCCGUAACUGUGACCACUGGCAGUACGACACCUCCACCUUCACCUCCACCGUCACCAUGGAGUGGGACCUGGUGUGCGAGCGUAGCGGCCUCAGUCCUCUCUUCCAGAGUCUAUACUUCCUCGGUGCAGCCAUUGGUGAACCUUUGCUAGGCUUCUUGUCUGACAGGUAUGGCCGACGCUGGGUGCUCAUGGUGGCUGGAGUAAUAUUCUCACUAGUGGCCGUCGCUUCAGCCCUUCUACCACUCCUAACCUUAGUCCUAGCCAGCCGCUUUAUCUUAGGACUGCUCCAUCCCUCCUGCAGCGUCGCCUAUGUGAAAGCGAUGGAGGUGUGCCCGACCAAGCAGCGCACCAUCAUGGGUCUCUUAAUCACUGCACCAUUCGCCUUUACCGGCAUGAUGUUCGGCGCCUGGGCGUACCUAGUGAGGGACUGGCGGACACUACAACUCUUUUGUACCUUGCCUGCAGUCCUCAUAUUACUCCAGAUACCGUUUAUGGACGAGUCACCGAGGUGGCUAAUGGUACAGGGCCGUGUGGAAGAGGCAGCCAAGGUCCUACACAAGGCCUCUUGCUGGCAGGGUGAUGCACUUCCUCCCCAGCAGCAGCUUACAGACCACCUUCAGAAACUAAGAAACCAGCAGCAAACUGUUCCUAAGAGUAAGGCUGAGGAGUAUGGCUGUGUGGCAGUGUGGUUCAAGGAUGUGGUGCUGAUGCUGCGACAACCCACGCUCAGAAAGAUUACUUUAGCCUUGUUCUCCUGUUACUUCCUCACUGGUAUCACCUACUGGGGCAUCAGUCUCUCUGGCACCGUCUUCAGUGACGACCCCUUCCUGUACAUGGUGAUGAGCUCCCUGAUGGAGGUGCCAGGCUACAGCGGCUUCACACCUAUCGUCGUGAAGUUUGGUCGACGCCCUGUUCUCAGCUCCUGCUUCGCCAUCUCUGGUGCUGCUAUCCUUGCCAUUCUCAUCACUCCGACGGCCUACACGACAGUGACCUUAGUCUUGGCUCUAGUGGGCAAGUUGUUCAUCACGGGAGCCUACAACUUGCUUUACCUGACGGCAUCGGAGCUCCUGCCUACCUGUGUAAGAUCCAGGGGGCUCAACCUGUCCUCCAUGAUGGCUCGUGUUGGCUCCAUCAUGUCUCCAUUCAUUAUAGGGCUUCUGGCACUGACGUACAGGUGGUUGCCCUCAUUGAUGUUCGGGACAUUUGCCGCUCUAGCAAGCCUCAUUGCAUUACUGCUACCAGACUCCAGACACAAACCCCUGCCAGACACUACCCAGGAUGUGGAGCAACUCUACGGCAGACGAACAGAAGCGAGCCCAACACUCAUUACCAAUUCAGAAAGUCUCCCACCACUUAAAAAUCAGGAAGACAUCGAACAGGAAACUACAACACAGUAACACUUCAGAAAUUUACUACGCAGUUACUGUAACCGUUAGCGGGGAAGGGAGAGUCAAUCGUUGCCAAUUUAAAAAACGUAACUAAAAAGCGAAGUAAACCAAGUCAACAUUUCGUGUAUGUAUCUAAUAGAUGUAAAAACAGUUAAUGUAUGUCUUUUGUGUCGUAGUUAUUUGUUUUUAUUACUAUUAUAGUAACGGUGAGCAAGUCUUAUAAACGUCAAACUAUAGGACCACUUCUUUUUACCAAAGUAUAUGGUCCAGAGACCUCGGUAGCCAUUCGAUUGAUCUUCUUCGCCCAAUCUUCUUUGACUUAUGAUUCCCUCACCUGAAAACGAAAAAAUAAAUAAAAAUAAAAGAACAUCGAUUUUCCUUAAGUGCACGAAGACUGAGACACCCUGUUGUAAGUGUGCAGUGGCGCCACAGUACCAGUACGUAUAUACGCAUGUCUGUAUGUCUUGACUCUUGAAUGCAUAUCACAUAAAAUGACAAUGACUGGAAGCAAACUCGCAAUCAUUAUACCCGACAUCCAACACCUUAUCCUUUAGGUCCUAAAGGAUAAGGUGUUGGAUGUCCUAAAGUUUAGGACAUGCUCUGAGCUUUUCCCUAAUGGGUGUGGCUCGAUACAGACGUCAGCGUAUUCGUGUGGGUGUUGGCGUGGCCGCGAGUCAGGCUAGGUCACCCCAACCCACAUACAGUACAGUACUGUACUCUAAAUAAAGGUUCCAUUAAUCAUACUUAAGUUCAUUUUAUACAUAAUUUAGCUUAAUUUUGUAUACAGUAACACAAUUUGGUACAUUGAAGACAAAUGCGAUUAAUAUAUACAACACAACCCCGCAACCGUUAUAACAACCAACAUUACAUCACAAUCCCCACAGACGUCAGAACACCCCUGCAAAACAUGAUCCAAUUUUCUGAAAAUGACUUUUCGACCGUGACAGGAUUCGAACCUGCAAUCUUCGGAUCCGAAGUCCGACGCCUUAUCCGUUAGGCCACACGGUCUUAAAAGAAAAGUGACUCCUCGAGGGUCUUGUAAUGUGGCUUGAAGGUUUAAAUGGGGCCUUGGGGAAAAAGGUAUUAUUUAACAGAUGUGUAAUCAAAGUCUAAAGUAUUCUUACGUGAAAUAUUUUUCUUUGGCGAUAUAUCUUGAUAGGAUAAUAUUAGUGUAGUUUAGAAGGUACAGUAUUAUUAACCGUUAACUAACCGACUGUCCGACUGGCUAGUAUGUUGACAGGUGAUUAAGACGGUAAGUUAGGAAACAGUGAGGACAGAAAGUAGAUUAGUGAGCAAGUUUGUAAACAGAUAAUUAAGUAAGUAGUUAAGUAAAUAUGACAGCAAAUAAAUAUAUUGCAGGUUUCUUUAGUUAUUGGUUCCUCAAGAUUAAAAAAAUUAGUCGACCGUGACAGGACUCGAACCUGCAAUCUUCGGAUCCGAAGUCCGACGCCUUAUCCAUUAGGCCACACGGUCAUAUAUCAACUACAAAAUUUUUGUCAGUAUUUAUUUAAUUUCUCAAAACCUUUUGCACUAUUGUGUUGGGUCAAGUUAUGAGUUAGUUUGUAUUGUCACACGCUACGGGUCAUUCAUUGCGCAUGUGUCAUACAGCCAAAAUAACACACCCGGUCAGUAGUGUGGACGGCACUGCGCUCGACUGUCGUCACUUCCCCAAAUGUAAAGGCAGGUGCCCAUUCGAGCUUCGUGUCUUGGGAGCGAGCCAAUCCUUAUCGCGCGUUGAGCCCCCAUAAAUAAAAAUAAUUUACGAAUGUUUAUCAAUUUCUUUUAGUUUACGGUAAUCCUUUAUACAUGAGUUAGUGAUACAAACUUUAUUUCUAACAUUUCCUGCUGACUGUAACUAAAAAUAACAUCGACCGUGACAGGACUCGAACCUGCAAUCUUCGGAUCCGAAGUCCGACGCCUUAUCCAUUAGGCCACACGGUCUGCUCCACGAUGAAGGAAGUUACUUGUUUCUAUCACAUAUUAUGAGAGGUGA